AGCCCUGUCCGGCCCACCAAAUCAGUUAGUGUCGGUUUGCAGUCCAACUACGACGUGUGUCACGGUGUGUCGUCCCGCGAGUGCGUGUGUAUGUUUGUGUUGGGAGUUGGGCUUCUCGGCCAUUUCGAUCAUCAGCAGCAAUCGCAGUAGUCGAGUUGUUCGCGCUGAAAAGAAGAGAAAAAACAGAACACAUGAGCGGAAGAUAAAACAACAACAAAAAAGUAAUACAUAUAAAUGAGCGAAAUCACAUCGGUUUCGUGCGAUUAAUAAUCUCGGUGGGGCGUGCGAGAAAGGCACAGAGUGCAGCACAAGUAACAGGAAAAGAAGAGAGGAAUCAAGCGGAAAACAACACGUGCCCGGUAGAAAGAAGAAAAGCAAAGAAGGAAAAAGUGAGUCGCAAAUAAGAAAGCAAAAAAAAAAUAAGAAAAGAAGAUAAGAAAAGUGAGCAGCGGCGCAAAAAAAAGUGAAAAAGUGCAUACCAAACGAGCCGAGAAGAGUCGAGCAGAAGCAAAAAAAAAGUAAAAUUCAAUAAAUUAUCCGUGUGUUUUGGGGAAGCUGUGCGAUCGGUCGCACACCAUCGCAAUAAAAAAAAAGAAAAGUGUAAGUGUAAUUGUGCGCUACAGAGCGGGUCUGUGUGUAUUGGUGAGGGUGUUUUUCCUCCCCCCGGUUCUCGGUUUUGCGGCCAAUUGUUCGGCGAAAAAGGAUUUCCCGCCUCCCCGCGUGCCCACGUGACUUCCCCCGCCACGUGUGUCCUGCCGCGCGUCUGACCGACGUCUGGGUCCACACACACACACACCAACAGAAUAAUCAUCGACAGAAGCAGCAGUAGCAGCAGCAGCAAGCCAUGGAAGCGGUUGCGAAGCACGAUUUUAAUGCCACGGCCGAUGAUGAGCUGAGCUUCCGGAAGAACCAGGUCUUAAAGGUAAGAAACGUCAAAGUCUCACAGGACAUACCAACGGACAAAAACAAGCCCAUAAAAGAUGCAAAUUUUCUCAUCAACCGCAAAUCCUUGGAAAAAAAGAAGACGAAACGAAAUGGGGGCGCCUCGAAAGGACACAACGCCAUAAUAAGAUUGCUCAGGCGGAAUCCACUUAUGCCAACUUGCUGCUCAUAAACGUCGGCGAGGUCCUGGGACACGAGGAGCCAAUGACGAUGACGAGAUCCUGAACAUGGAGGACGACAUGAAUUGGUACCGGGCAGAGCUGGACGGGAAGGAAGGUCUCAUACCGAGCAACUACAUAGAGAUGAAAAAUCACGACUGGUACUACGGCCGGAUCACGCGGGCCGACGCCGAGAAGCUGCUGUCGAACAAACACGAGGGCGCCUUCCUGAUACGGAUCAGCGAGUCCAGCCCCGGCGACUUCAGCCUGUCGGUCAAGUGCUCGGACGGGGUGCAGCACUUUAAGGUGUUGCGCGACGCGCAGGGCAAGUUCUUCCUCUGGGUCGUCAAGUUUAGCUCGCUGAACGAACUCGUCGACUACCAUCGGACGGCCAGCGUGUCCCGCUCGCAGGAGGUCAAACUGCGCGACAUGGUGCCGGAAGAGAUGUUGGUGCAAGCGCUGUACGACUUUGUGGCCCAGGAGUCCGGCGAGCUGGACUUCCGGCGAGGGGACGUCAUCACGGUGACGGACCGCUCGGACGAGCACUGGUGGAACGGCGAAAUCGGCAACCGGAAAGGACUCUUCCCAGCAAUAUACGUAGCGCCCUACCAUUCAUAAGAUAUAAGUAUUUUAUUAAUUUUUUUUUGCUAUAUAAAUAUUAUAUAUUUUUAAUGUUUAACUGAGGAAACAGAGAAAAAAAACAAAAGAAAAAGCGGUGAAAAUCCGGUUUAAAAAAUAAUCAAGAGGCAGCGGUCCCAAAAAAAAGUGGGGCGGGGGAUGGAAAAACGGUCCGACGUCGUGUCGUGGCCGGCCCCCGUCCCGGGGGCCAACAAUCCUGCCGGAAGCCAAUAAGAAAUCGAGGAACCGAACGGGGAACGAAUACUGAUUAAUAACUGUACAUUGACGAUUAGGAUGGAAAGUGAAAAGGGCGUAAUAAAAGAGUGACGGAGGUUAAGAAAUUGUCCGCGAAUCAUAUAUAUAUUAUACACACGGAAUCAAAAGAAAUCAAAUUCAGGUGUUUUUAUAUCUAGGUUUGCCAAUCAAUAUGUGUUGAGGUUUUUCUAGAGAACAAACAAAAAAUGGAGACAAAACAAAAACGCGAUACACUCACCAGAGACACCAGAAAGCUUACCCUCUGUAGUUUACAGUUAAAAGAUAAAAUUGUGAAAUAUUUCAAAAAGGUGUAUUUUUUUGUUUAUAGUUCUUUUAUCUCAUAGAGAAAGUUACUUUCUUCUUAAAAAAAAAGUGCUUCUGUAAUCAACUUCCCGUUUUUUGCUGUAGAUGACGAAUUAGUUGACAAUCUAUUUUUCUUUCUCUAAUCUUUCAUUUAAACACCCACUAAGUAGGAGCAAGAUUUGACUAAUUUUUAGUUUGACAGUUUAGAGCGCAAUUUUUGUCAUUAUGUGUACUAGCUUGUAAGUGUAAACAGUCACACAAAAGAAGAACAAAAAAAAAACGACGGUUCGAAAAUAAAUGGAGGAAAAAUCACACACAUGCAGACACAACAAACACUUACACCGUAUAAAGUAGACUUUAAAUUGAAGGGAAUAAACGUGGUAAAACCAGUCUUGAAAGUUUUGUUAAGUCACCAUUUUAAAUUCCCGCAAAAUCAUAACUAUGGUAUAGAAACAAUAAUUUAAAGCCACAAAAGGAUAAACAAACAACCCCAACAACUUUUAGCCUUUUAAGUGAACCAGAGAAGAUUAUGAAAUAUCCUCAAAACGUAAAGGGCGAGCGCAGCCCUUCGAGUGACCUCACAAGCAGGUGCUGAUCAUCUUUUCAUCACCCAUUACAAAUUUUCCUAAAGUGGCGCGAGAUUUGAAAACAAAACUAGAAAGUGCCAACUUUCACCCAAACACCGAAUAAAGGUAGCACUCAAUGUUGGUGUCACAAAGGCGCGAAGCAAGAAGGGGAAAGAGAGUAAAAUAGUAGAUUGGGAGGAGGCACCCAGAAAAACCCAGAAAUCCAAUACAAUUACGAAGAAAAAAACGACUAUUAACUAUACCCAAUACUAGAAGUAGCGAGAGGAAUCAACAGCAAAACAAAACAACACACAAUUUCAGAAGAAAAAAAAAACAUACAUUUAAAGAACACACACACACACACACAUUAUACAAAAACAACA